AGAAAUAGAAAAUGAAGACAAGGCUCCUAUAAUCGAAGACCUAUCAGAGAUAAUUGAUGUAAUUAUUCUUAAUCUAGAAGUCAAGAUCAUCCUCAAAAUAGAAGCCAAUCUCAUGAAUGGAACUACUAUUCAUCAAAUUAUCAAAAAAUAG